ACUACAGUAGUUAGUUUGUCAGUUUGUCUAUGGUAAAGAGGUAGCUAUUUUGCAUAGCAACGUUCUACCAGUUCCAGUUAUAUACAUUCAGAAGUAGUCUUUAUUAUUCAGUAUUAAAUAAAAAAUAUAUAAUAAUGUUUAUGGCAGAAUUAGCAGAGGACUCAGAGGAGGAUGAGGAAGAAGAAAUCGAAAAUAUUCCUCGUUUGAGUUACGAGACAAUAAAUCCAUUGAACGUGUUAUCGGAAACAGCUUUUAAGAAGCAUUUCCGUCUGAAUAAGGAGUGUUUCUUAUCACUUCUAGAAGAGAUAACACCAUUUGUACGGGCUAGGAGGAGGUGCAAAUUGGAAUUAAAAACAAAGUUGUUGGUGACCCUUUUAUUUUAUGCCCAUGGAAGCGAUCAGUCAAUUUUGGGCUCAAGUUUUUUCUGCGAUAUGAGUCAAAGUAGUGUGAGUAGAAGUAUUGAAGAAAUAACAAAUGCGCUGACUAGUAGAGAAAUCCGUUUUCGACGCAUUCGCUUUCCUAGAAAUAUGCGAGAAUUAUCACAGAGAAGGGCCAGGUUUUCUGAGGCAACACAUAUCCCUGGAAGCAUUGGAGUUAUAGAUUGUACCCAUGUUGCAAUUAUUCCACCUAAUGAUGAUCAACAGGUUUUUGUCAAUAGAAAAAAAUACCAUUCGAUGAAUGUACAAUUGAUUUGUGAAGAAAAUUGUUGGAUCAUGAAUGCUAAUCCCAACUUUCCUGGCAGCAGUCAUAAUGAUUAUAUUUGGGGCAAAUCUGAUAUUUCUGGAAUUUUACAACAGGUUUAUCGUGAAAAUGGAGGAAAUUUUUUUCUACUGGGUGAUUCAGAAUAUCCUCUAAGCCCUUGGUUACUCACACCAUUAAGGAAUCCUUCAAGUGAGCAGGAGGAAAGAUUUAAUAACAAAUUCAAUAGUGCAAGAAGUAUUAUAGAACGAUGUAAUAGAUUACUGAAAAACAGGUUUCGCUGCCUCUUAAAACAUCGAGUACUCCGUUACCAACCAAAGAAGGCAGUAGCUAUAAUAUUGGCAUGUUGUGUGCUUCAUAAUAUUUGUGUAGAAAAUCACAUUGAAGCACCAGAAGAAGAUGAAGAAUUCACAAAUGCUGAUCUGGGAAUUAUUAAAGAAGGAAAUAACUCUUUAGUGGAGAGAAACCCAACAGCUCAAAAUGAUCUUAGGGCAGCCAGACAGUUAAGACAGUUGAUCAUUGAGAAUAAUUUCUUAUAGCACUGUUAGAAAACAUGCAAGGACUCUUCUUCUCCCAGAGCAACAGAUCCCGAUUAGAGUCUAUUUUGAUGCCUUAUUCUCUACCUAAGUGUCAAGUACAAGUCCAAAGUUUACUCAGAAAUAGAAAAGAAAAAGGCUCAAUAUAAUCUCGCUUUAG